AUGGCUAUUAGCAGUGGCGACGACAAGCAUCUGAGUGUCGCUGAAGGAGUGACAAGGGCAGAUCAAUUGGUGCAGGCCGAGCCCAAGGCAACUUGGAAAUCCUAUCUAUGGGAUACCCUCGACAAGUCGCCCGAGGAGCGCAAAUUCUUGUUCAAGCUCGACGCUGUUCUCCUGACGUUUGCCUCUCUGGGAUACUUCAUCAAGUACCUUGACCAGAUCAACAUCAACAACGCCUUCGUCUCGGGCAUGAAGGAGGACCUGAACCUCUUCGGCAACGAGCUCAACUACAUGCAGACAUGCUGGACCGUCGGAUAUGUCAUUGGCGAGAUCCCAAGCAACCUCCUUCUGACUCGGAUCCGCCCGUCAAUCUGGAUUCCCGCGUGCGAAGUGACUUGGGCCGUCCUGACCAUCCUUCUGGCCAAGUGCACCAACGUGACGCAGAUCUACGUUCUCCGCUUCUUCAUCGGGCUGGCGGAGAGCGCCUUCUAUCCGGGGAUGCAGUACAUCAUCGGGUCCUGGUACCGCAAGGACGAGCUGGCGAAGAGGUCGUGCAUCUUCCACGCGAGCAGCUCCAUCGGGACCAUGUUCUCGGGCUACCUGAUGGCCGCCGUGUACCACCUCGACGGCCGCAACGGCUUCCGCGGUUGGCAGUGGCUGUUCAUCGUCGACACCGUCAUCUCACUCCCCAUCGCCGUGGCCGGCUUCUUUAUCCUCCCGGACCUGCCCGAGAUCACCCGGGCCUGGUACUUCUCGCCCGAGGAGGUGGCCCUCGCCCGGAGGCGCAUGGAGCUCGAGGGCCGCGCCAACCGCGCGCCGUACACCCGGUCAAAAUUCCGCAACAUCUUCACCAGCUGGCACAUCUACACCCUGACGGCCCUGUACAUCUUCUUCAACAACGGCGCGGGCACCGGUACUCAGCCCGCCUUUCAGCUGUGGCUCAAGUCCAAGGGGUACAGCGUCACGGCGAUCAACACCUUCCCGACCAUCACGGCGGCCAUCUCCGUCAUCUCGACCCUGAUCUACGCCUGGUCCUCGGACUCGGUCUUCCGCGGCGCGAGGUGGCCGCCCAUCAUCUUCGCCGGCUGCGUCAACAUCAUCGCCAACGCCAGCCUCGCCGCCUGGGACAUCCCCGACGCCUGGAAGUGGGCAUCCUUCCUGCUGACGGGCUUCAUCGCGGGGGUCAGCGGGCUCACCUUCGCGUGGGCCCACGAGAUCUGCGCCGGUGACAACGAGGAGCGCGCCCUCGUCACGGCGAGCAUGAACGAGAUGGCCUACGUCGUCCAGGCCUGGCUGCCGCUGCUCAUCUGGCAGCAGGUCGAGGCCCCGGUCUACAGGAAGGGGUACUCGACCAUGGUCGCCCUCACACAUGUCACGUUUGGACCGGGAUCAAGGGUCGCAGUGGUGGGAGCGGGGAUUAGCGGCGUGACUGCCGCCGGCCACCUCCUCAAGCAGGGGCUGUCCGUUACCGUAUUUGAGCGGUCAAGCAUUGCGGGAGGGGUCUGGCAUUUCGACGAGCGAGUCACCGAGGACCCAUCCUACCCGAGUGAGACUCCGUCGGCCGGGGAUUACAAGCUCUCCUCGCCUGGCCAGUAUGCCUACAGGACACCGCCCCCGGAGUCCCCCGGGGAGAGUUCGGACCAGCCGCCAUCAAAGAGCCCAUUGACAGGCGACGCCCUCGAGGUACAUUUCUCGCCGCCCGGGCCCUGUUACGCCGGCCUGACAAACAACGUCCCCACGAGCUUGAUGGUCAGCGCCCUGAGUCCGUGGCCGGAGGGGACCGAGGAGAACACGACGCAGAACAACAUUGAGGGUUAUGUCCAGAUGCUCGCCCGUGACCACUCCGUCAACGACGUUACCCAUUACAACACGCGGGUCGACGAGGUGAGUAAGUCGGAAGACGGGAAGACGUGGACGGUGCGGACCAUCUCGCUCGAGAAGCGGAACGGAGCCUCUCAGCUGGUUGAAAAAUACUGGGAGUUCGACUCGGUGGUCCUUGCCUCUGGGCAUUACAACCUGCCUCGAGUGCCCGAUACGCCAGGGCUGAAGGAGUGGAAGUCGGCCUUCAAGGAAAGGGUGAUCCACUCGAAACAGUACCGCAAGCCGGAAAAUUAUGCCGGGAAGAACCUCUUGGUUAUUGGCGCCGGAGUCUCGUCGCUGGAUAUAUGUCGAGAGUUGGACGGGAUCGCCAACAGGAUCUACCAGAGCGUUCGAGGGGGGUCAUAUGAUCUCCCAGCAACUCUCUUGCCAGCCAACUCGGAGCGCGUGACCGAGGUGGCGAGCUACGUCUUUGACAGCGAGGAUCCGGCGGGGCAGUCGCUGUCCUCCGAGGACCCCAUUCCCGGCACCGUCGUCCUCAAUGAUGGGCGGGUCUUGACCGACAUUCACUACGUGAUACAACUCCACUCGGACUCGACCCCCGCCGCCGAAGCCGGACCAAACCUGCUGGUCACUGCCGAGGGUGACAUGACUCACAAUCUCCACAAGGACAUCUUCUAUAUCGAGGACCCAUCCCUGGCUUUCGUCGGCGUGCCGUACCACAUCGCGACGUUCUCGCUCUUCGACUUCCAGUCCCAGAUCAUCGCGCGGGUGUUCGCGGGGCAGGCGCACCUCCCGCCUCGGGAGGAGAUGCGGGAGGAGUACGAAGGGCGCAUCCGCGAUCGGGGAGUCGGCAGGGGGUUCCACAGCCUUCGCGGCUCCGGGGACGAGAUCGCUUACGUCAAGGGGCUGGUCGAUUGGGUUAACAGGGACCUCGAGGCAGCCGGGGUCGCUCCUAUGAAAGGGCACACGCAGAAGUGGGUGGAGGGGUACUGGGAGAUGAAGGCACGGCUGAAGAAGAUAUGGGAUUUCGACGGCUGAUGAUGGUCCGUCUUGCGGGGGCAGAGCCUGUAACAUGUGUGUGGGUGAAUCCCGCCGGAUAGAGAGAUUAUGACCCCCAAUCAAGGACGAAGAUGUUGGACAUGGAGUGAUUCGGGAGAGCUCCUGUUUACAGGCUCGCUCAGCUAAUAGUAGAGUAGUGUCCUAGGUAGCUUCUACAAGCUCCCCACGUCAAAAUCGCUGCUGACUUGCUGGUCACUCAAAAUUCAGAAUAUCUCGAGACGCAAUCUAAGAAAAAAGUAUCCC